GGGGCGGGGCCCGGGGAGGGACGGUCGGUGGCGGGGGCCAACACGGGGACAGCUGCGGGCGGCCGGGCGAGUCCUCCGCGGCUGGGACCUCCUUGGGGCCCGGGUGGGACGAGAAUGGCUCAAAGUGCUCCAAGGAUCCCGGGACGGUGGUCAUUGAUUUAUGCUGGACAAAACCGAGUCAUCGUGGGCAACAGGACGGGCGCCAGCGGAAUGAGUGGCAGCUUUGGGGGUGGUUUCGGGCCCGGGACAGUGCGGUCGGAGAAGAGCGGUCAGAACUUGGGGAGCCUCCAGCGCCCCACCAAGGAGGCGCCAGUGGAGAGGGGGGUGUCUUAAAACUUAUGGAAGACCGGGCGCGGUGUCUCAGGCCUGUAAUCCCAGCACUUUGGGAGGCCGAGGCGGGCGGAUCACGAGGUCAGGAAAUCGAGACCAUCCUGGCUAACACGAUGAAACCCCGUCGCUACUAAAAAUACAAAAAAAUUAGCCGGGCGUGGUGGCGGGCGCCUGUAGUCCCAGCUUCUCGGGAGGCUGAGGCAGGAGAAUGGCGUGAACCCGGGAGGCGGAGCUUGCAGUGAGCCGAGAUCGCGCCACUGCACUCCAGCCUGGGCAACAGAGUGAGACCUUGUCUCAAAACAACAACAACAACAAACACUUGUAGGAAAGAACGACGCCUUGCUGACCGAGUAGGGUAAGAAGCCACAAGUAUUAGCCUCAUGAAGCACAGGACUGUGCAGCCAUAACCUAGGGAACACAGCAGAGAGGGCCCUAGCGGCGUCGAGGUGGUGACAGGAGUCCUGAGGGAAACCACGUGGGGUCUGAGGGGAGAGUCAGAGAUAGAAGGAAAAGGGGCACCACCCGACCAGGGGCGUGGGGGGCAGGAGCAGUGUGGCACCCCACCUACAAGGACCCUUGUGGCCCAGGCCUCCUCCUGGACACUCGCUGCCUGUCCCUCCCCUCCGCACCUCGGGGUGUGCUGGACCCCACCGUAUGCUGCAGAUUUUCAGCCCUUUGAGGUAAUCAUGGUGGAGGCUGCACAAGAAAAGCUGAAUUCUCAGAGUGAAGGGCAAAAGCGUAUCCCUGGGCUCCCGUGUGUCUGGGGGCCCUUGGCCUGGUGCCAGCAGCAACCACCGCUGCUAAUUCCCAGAGCUGCUAUCCUCUUGGGCAAACUUGCCCCUUGUGAGGGAGGAGAACCUGGGCUUUGGGGCAGGAUAUAUAAUACCAGCCUUGCUUGGCUGGAGGAGCAGAGAUGGCUAGGGAGGAGGAGGUGAGCGGUCCACCUGGGCUCCUGAAGCAACUCCCAGGAAAUCAGUUGAGUCAGUGUGUCCCCCUUUUGUUCCUAGGGUGGGGGCUUCAUGGCCUUCUCCUCCAGGAAGCUCCACCUGAUCAUAUCCUGGAUUAACCAAAACCUGCUAAUUGUGGCAGCCCUCAGCAUGCUCCCCUCCCCCACAGCCUCUUCCUCCCUUCCCUCCCCUCCCCCUUCCAUCCGAAUGAUAAAGGCCCCAGCCCGGCCUCAGGUCCCGGCCCUACCUCCUACACUGCCCUGCGCCCUCCACCCGGCCAGGCCCCUGCCCACGCUGUCUACCGUCCCGCAUGGGGCCCUGCAGCGGCUCCCGCCUGGGGCCCCCAGAGGCAGAGUCUCCCUCCCAGCCCCCUAAAAGGAGGAAGAAGAGGUACCUGCGACAUGACAAGCCCCCCUACACCUACUUGGCCAUGAUCGCCUUGGUGAUUCAGGCCGCACCCUCCCGCAGACUGAAGCUGGCCCAGAUCAUCCGUCAGGUCCAGGCCGUGUUCCCCUUCUUCAGGGAAGACUACGAGGGCUGGAAAGACUCCAUUCGCCACAACCUUUCCUCCAACCGAUGCUUCCGAAAGGUGCCCAAGGACCCUGCAAAGCCCCAGGCCAAGGGCAACUUCUGGGCGGUCGACGUGAGCCUGAUCCCAGCUGAGGCGCUACGGCUGCAGAACACGGCCCUGUGCAGGCGCUGGCAGAACGGAGGUGCGCGUAGAGCCUUCGCUAAGGACCUGGGCCCCUACGUGCUGCACGGCCGGCCAUACCGGCCGCCCAGUCCCCCGCCGCCACCCAGCGAGGGCUUCAGCAUCAAAUCCCUGUUAAGGGGGUCCGAGGAGGGGGCACCCUGGCCGGGUCUAGCUCCACAGAACAGCCCAGUUCCUGCAGGCACGGGGAACAGUGGCGAGGAGGCGGUGCCCACCCCACCCCUUCCCUCUUCUGAGAGGCCUCUGUGGCCCCUCUGCCCCCUUCCUGGCCCCACGAGAGUGGAGGGGGAGACUCUGCAGGGGGGAGCCAUUGGGCCCUCGACCCUCUCCCCAGAGCCUAGGGCCUGGCCUCUCCACUUACUGCAGGGCACCUCAGUUCCUGGGGGACUGUCCAGAGGGGGACACAGGGCCUCCCUCUGGGGGCAGCUGCCCACCUCCUACUUGCCUAUCUACACUCCCAAUGUGGUAAUGCCCUUGGCACCACCACCCACCUCCUGUCCCCGAUGUCCACCGUCAACCAGCCCUGCCUACUGGGGGGUGGCCCCUGAAACCCAAGGGCCCCCAAGGCUGCUCUGCGAUCUAGACGCCCUCUUCCAGGGGGUGCCACCCAACAAAAGCAUCUACGACGUUUGGGUCAGCCACCCUCGGGACCUGGCGGCCCCUGGCCCAGGCUGGCUGCUCUCCUGGUGCAGCCUGUGAGGCUCCUAAGACAGGGGCCGCUCCUCCCUCCCGCUCCCACCCCCACUUUGUUGACAGGGAGCCAAGGCGAGGCGGCUGUCUGCGACCACAGCAGCCUCGAAACACCAGGCAGCAGCCUCGCUGGGAGUCCACGGUGUUUAUUGGACCACCCCACGCAUGGCCGUGGCCCAGCUGGGCACAACCCUCACCCUGGUCAGUCAUGCCUCUGUUUCUCCUACACUCAGAGGCAGGGCUGGAGGAGCAGGGCUGAGCCUGGAAUAGCCCUUCCUAGUCCCC